GAGGAGGCAGGAUGCAGAUCUUCGUCAAGACGCUGACGGGGAAAACCAUCACGCUCGAGGUCGAGAGCAGCGACACCAUCGACAACGUCAAGGCCAAGAUCCAGGACAAGGAAGGUAUCCCCCCGGACCAGCAGCGCCUCAUCUUCGCAGGGAAGCAGCUGGACGAUGGCCGCACCCUGGCCGACUACAACAUCCAGAAGGAGUCCACGCUUCACCUCGUGCUUCGUCUCCGUGGUGGCAGCAGAGGCGGCUACCCACAGUACCUCGCCAUCGACCUCCGCAUCCUUGCGCAGAAGUACAAUGAGAACAAGUUUGUCUGCCGCAAGUGCUAUGCACGACUUCCCCUCAGGUCUACCAAGUGCCGCAAGAAGAAGUGUGGCCACAGCGACAAGCUGAGGAUGAAGAAAAGGUUCAUGUCUAAGUUUGCCAAAGACUCCCAAUGAACAUUGAAAGGAUGAAAUGCGCAUAUGCUGAAUCAACUGCCUUAGGAGUCGUAUCAGAGUUAUCACCAGACUUUAUGUUUUCUCUUAGUUGAAAAUUUGCUGCUGGAUUUAGAACCUCAUUAGUCCUUU